AUGGCCAAAGCACGGGAAGUGAAUUGGUGCCCAGACGACGACACGAUCUCCGUCUCCGAGAUACUAGGCACGAGCACUACGAAAGACGAAGAGGAUCAAAAGGAGCGUGACGAGGCCGUACGAGAGGGCAAGCUCGUAACGCCAGAGCCGUCGCGGGAGAACUCAUUCGCCAAGGAUCUCGUCCCACAGGGAGUGAGGCAGUCUCUCACUUCCAUGAGCGAGAGCCUGCGUGAGCGACAGCAGAAGGUUCAGAGCAGCCAGCAUGAGUGGUGGACGUACCAGUUCGCCAUCUGGGUUUCGCGGGUCGUCUUCCUCCUUUUCGCACUCGCAUCGGCCGUACUGCUUGUGUUCUGGGCGCGGCACAUCAACGAGGAAGCAUAUGUCGUCACCUUUUUCGUCAUGGCCAUUGCUGCUCUGGCAUACCUUGCGAAGAUCUCAGGCAUGGGUGAGAUCAAGCUCGGUGGCAGGAAGCUACCCAUCAUCCGGUACAUCGACUGGAUUACUACAACGCCCCUGAUGCUUUUCGAGCUCUGUGUGGUCGGAGGGGCCGAGAAGCACACGGCCAUUCUUGUCAUCGGCUGCGAUCUGCUGAUGCUCACAGGUGGCAUCGUCAGCGCCAUGAUUGAGAAGUCGCUUCAGCGCAAUCUUUGGUUCGGCAUCUCAGUGUUCUUCUUCGUCAUCAUGGUGACAGCGCUACAGGUGGAUGUGGCCAACGGCACCGUGCUCGAGCGUCCCCCAGACGUGCAGCAGCUCGGUGUACAGCUUAGCUAUCCUGUGGUGGUUUUGCUCGGGCGAGCGCAUUUCGGCUUGAUCUCGAAGGGCAUGGAAGAUGCCCUGCUGUGUAUUUUGGAUUGCAUCUCCAAGAUUGGCAUGGAGUUCUUCGUGGUCAUCAGCUGCUCAGGAGAAGGCGCCCAGUGCCAUGCCAAAGAUAAGUAA